AUCGAGCGGCAGUUGCGGAAUUCAGAUGUCCCAGUGACGCUUCAUGAUACAGUAGGAACCUUCGUCGAACACUCGCUCGCCAACCACGCCGAGACUACCAGGUUCAGUGUGAAAAUCAACAAACGACUCUACAAUGUGAUUUUUUCUUUCUUUUUAAAUAUACCAUGAACUACAUAGAAGUCUUGGGAUCCAGCAGGUCAUGUGUCUGACCCUCCUGUUGGUUUACAACUCCAAGGCGGCAGGUUGGCCCUGUGCCGAGUGUUCUAUGUUCCUUGGCUUGUGUUGACACUGACAGUGGACAGGUUGUGUUCUGUGGCGGCGGAACAUGAGCAGCGGCAAUACUAGUUACCAAAAUCCAGUGAGAGGUAAAGGAGAGGAUCACAUAGGACUGCUUGCUAUUGCUGUGGCUGUGCUUGGAACCCUUGUUGGUGUGGGGUUGCUUGUUGGUAGUGUGUGGGCCUGUGUUGUGUGCACCAAAAUAUUUUAUCGUCAAAGAAAACGUCACAAGAGGCAGAAGCUUGGCAUUGAUGGGUUUCCUCCUCAACCCAGGGAAAUGGUUGAGCUGGGACAUAUACCACGUCUUCCACGCUCUGCAGACAAUGGUCCAUACAGCAUCAACAAUACAGGUAUAUCAAGAAGUAUUGGCAUACAUACAUCUCAGUCUGCUGAACGGUUUCCUGCUGUACCGGUGCCAAAGAGUUGGACACCCAGUCCUCCAUUUGCUGGUAAACACGGUCAAACUUCUAUGUAUUAUAGAAAGCACUCAUCUCAUAUCCCCCAGAAAAAUAAACAGGAAAGACAAGCAAGAAAUAUAAAAACACAUUCACAUUUGAAAAAAAAUAUCCCAAACAAUACCAAAGGAAGUACAUCAGUAUAUCAUCCGCCUUACAACACUCAUGCCAGUGAUGUAUGGUCUGUGCAGCCAGCCUUCUCCAACUCUUCCAGCUCUCAAAGUUUAUGUUCCAGCCACCCACCUCCUGAAGAAGUAGAUCAACAUUUUCAUAGGAAUACUUGUAGUGGAAAGAAUCGCCAGACUAGAUGGAGGGAAUCCAGUAUGUACAAUAAGGAACCUUUUGGUAAAUGCUCCAGACAUAGGAAGAAAGUUCAUGCCCAUGUUCAUUCACAUAAGUUUAAUGAAUGUAACUAUGGAAAAAGCAAUUUGGAUGAAGGCACUGAAGCUCCAGAUGCUUGUUCCAGUUACAGGGAUUCUCCUCAAUCCAGCCAUAAUUUGAUUUCUCUCUCACAGCAUCAACAGCAAUCCCAUCCAUCUAGAGCUGAAGCCAGUAAUAAUUAUGUUUCUUAUACAAACCCAGUUUGCAGUGAAAUAUCAGAUAUUCAGAAAAACAGUGCAGUCAGUAGUUCUAUAUCUAGACAAAAUAUGAUUCAAAUUAUACCAAAGGAGAAAAGGCAAGAAAGAUCUUCAAAAUAUCAUGAGACACCUCCAGAUCCUACACAAAGUCUAAUCUCCACCAAGUCCAGACGUUUAUGGCGGGAAUCUUGUGGCUUCAAGAAUGAGGUGUUGCCCAAAGAACACACUUCAUUCCAUGGAUCAGGCCCCUGCUGGAUACAUCACUCUCAGCCCACUCAGAGACAGCACAGGCAGACAGAGCCACCACCAGAUCCAUUAUCAGAAUUAUCUAUUUUGCGUGAGACGUAUGAGCAAGAAGCUUUCCAAAAUAUAGCUCGGAAAUAUGGCUUUUGUGAGACUUGUGGGUGUGAAAUAUCACUCAUGCAGCAACAUGAGGGUGCCUGUGGUGCUGGCAGAAGUUGUGUUCAGUUUAAGGACUGUGAUGAGCGAUGUGAGUCUUCUGUUGACUCCACUCCUUCAAUGUCGUGGGACAAUCUCACACCGGAGCCUACUGCAGCCCUCACCAAUACACAGCCUCUACAAGCAGUGUCAGGGACAAACUUGACACACAAUGAUAAAGUGGGUAAUGAAAGUAAUGCUGAUGAUUGUUGUGAUAGUUUUGCUCCUCCUUGUGGAAGUAUUUACACCAAAUCUUGUCAGAGUGGUGGUGAGGGCUAAUCCGGCUUGGUAUGAUUGGUUAAGCAUUCUCUCUCAUACAUUAUAUAUUUUUUAAUUAAUGUGGGAAAGUGGCUUCUAGUACAAGUGAGGGCCAGCAUUGAAGUUAAAAUGGUUAGUGUUAUCCUCAUGAAAACAGUAUUUAGGUCAAAGUGCAAUUACUCAGUUUAUUAAUUCUGAUGUUUGUUAGAUUGUAUGUAUAGAACAAUGGCUAUAAUAUAAAAGUGUAAAUUUUUAUGGGACCAAAAAUAUAUGUGUAUGCAGCUUA